AUGUCCUUGGUCGAGGGUGCUAAAAUCUCCAAGGGUAACGUGAGUACUCAGGCGGAAGCCACAGGUCUGAGUGCCACUAGAGCUACUGUGACUGCGACGAAUCAGACGAAUACCCCGGGUCUGGUAGUCGGUGAUGCUACUGGGGUAAAUAAAAUGAAUAGUUUUUUGACUAGACAGGAAAGAGUGACUUUGGACGACAGCGACGACAGCGACGACAACCUCUCAGGUCUGAAAGGGUUAAACCUUUAUGAGACUGAUGAGGAGGACUUACUCAUGGUGUCCUCCGAGCCGCUAAAAGCGAAUGAAGACGUACAUCCGGAGGCUCAUGACCCUGCAAAGGGAGACACAGAACAGAAAAACAGGAAACAGGACGAACGGAAAAGGUUGGCGGGCUACAAAAGCUCUCUCCGGUAUGUCAGGACGUUGGACUCGCGAGAUCCCGCGUCUUUGACCACCAGGGAAAAGCGUUUGCGGCGUAAACAUACCUACCACAUACAGAAGUAUGAGGCCAUGCUAAAUACUACUGUUGUGGAGGUAAGGCCAGCCAAGACUACGACCGAACCAAACCAGAGCAGGCAGGUGAUCACAUCUAAACAUGUGCCCCAUGCCAGCACUGGACCGAACACGAUCACCGUCUCGGAGGAUCUUGACGUACGCCCAUCUACAUCAAAGAGGGCCACGUCGGGGCCAAAGAGAGGUGAUGACCAAUGCGGCACGACGAAGUCUGCUAGCACAACACCCAAGGUGCUGUCCGCAAUCUCCUCUACUCGAGGAGGUACAGCAAGCAGGCCUAGUAUUAAGCGGCAAAGGUCAGGUGAAACGCAGGUGUCUGAGGGUAAGCGGCUGAAACCAUCAACUAGCUUAACAUCAGCACCUGAGCUACAAGUAGCCAUCAUAGAUCGUAGUCAACCUGAUGGGAAAAUGACUACGGGCAGAUGGCUGCUUCUGGAGGAGAAGAUCUUGCGGGCACUAGUGGACGAACUCGCAUGCAGUGAGGAUGAUUCCUUCACUGCAUUCGAUGGCGCCAAAUGGUUAAAGGGUGUCAAGAUCAUCGGGUGCGGUAACGAGAAGGCUCUAGGCUUUCUCAGUAACUGUAUCCGAGGAGUUGGCGAACUCUGGCCCAACGCAAGAAUCGAAAUCGUCCCACUGGAUCAAGUACCUUUUCGUACGACGGUGAGAGUGUGGGUCCCUCCUCCCCUUUUGGAGGACGAAGCCACGCUAACACUUAUAAAGCGUCAGAACAAGGAACUUGGUACAGAGGACUGGACGAUUGAACGAGGACGCUCUAGGGACAAAGGAGAAGGCAAGGAUCUCUGGAUCAAAAUUGGUUCAGAAUCCCUCCGACUCCUGCGUUCUUCGCAAGGCGUCAUCAAGUAUGGGCUAAACCAACUCCGGUUGAUCUUGCCCGCGGUGAAGCGCAAUGAUGAACCCAUGCGGCCUGAGAGUGGUACAGAUUAA